UCAGAUCCAGAUUUUGGGCUCUGAUCAAAUAACAACUCUCACACGUCUGAGCUCUGUUGGUAAGUUUCUCUUUACUCAUUUGUUUGAGAUUGUGUAGAAAUUUUGUUACUUUUGGUCUGAUAGAUAAAUCCACACUCCAAUCGGUUCAAAUAAUUCUUGCCCUGCAAAUCAUUGUCAAACCAAACUAGGGAGGGUAGUGUUUCUUAGUUCAGUUAUUUGUGCUUUUGGGUCUAAGUCAAGAAGUUGGAAAACCUAGUUGGAGCACUGACAGUAGUCUCUACAAGACAAUGUCGAGCUGCGUCGAUCUCCCUGAAGAUAUUAUAGUCAAGAUUCUGUGUCGUUUGCCAGUCAAGUCUUUGAUCCGGUUCACUUGUGUGUCGAAAAGGUGGCGUUCUGUUGUCAUUUCUGAUCCUCAGUUUGGAAAAUCCCACUACCAACUUGCUUCUCAGCAGAGAACCCUCCGUAGAAAAGUUCUCCUCACCUCCUACCCUACAGUCAGAGAGCCAGGUCCGACGCCCAAUGCUGGAUUGCUGGUUAUGAUUACAGUGCGGAUUUACCCCCUCGAUUUCAAUCCUUAGAGGAUAAGUUUUCAGUCAAAAAUUUCACAUUCCCAUCCGAGGAGAAUGGUGAUAUAGAAGAAAUGGGCUCCUGCAAUGGUUUGGUACUUGUAGGCAAACGUUGUGUUGGUGGCUACGAAAACUUGUCUAUCUGGAACCCAUCGACUGGAUUCUUCCGCAAGAUACCUAGUCCAAGUUUCCAGGUGAAGUCAAUACAAUCAACCGAUGAAGAGUACCUGUACUUUGUAAAUUAUGGUUUUGGUCAUGAGAUAGCCAGUGACGACUACAAACUUGUUUUCAUAUUAUGUGCCCUCGGUCAUCUGGUGGAAGUCCAUACCUUCUCUCUGAGAGCCAACAUUUGGAAAGCUAUUACAGAUCCUCACUUGUCAAGGGCGGGCUGGGACAGUGGACGGGGGACUUUUUCAAAUGGAGCAAUUCACAGGGUCAUUCACUGCAGAAUUGAGAGUUCUGACCCAGUUAUCUAUGCGUUUGACUUGGCAGAGGAGGAGUUUCGGCAAGUGCCAUUGCCGCCUGUUUUGUGGCAAAAUGACGAAGACAGGAAUCCGACCCAGAUAACUACUUUGGUUCAUUUAGGAGGAUACCUUUGCAUAUGGUCUCGGAAGCUCUUUCAUUCCGGGAAAGGUGAAGUUUGGGCGAUGACAGAGUAUGGGGUGCCUGAAUCUUGGGUUAAACUCUUUAAUUUUAGACUACGAGAUUUACCAGAUAUCUUUGCUUCAUUAUACAGUACAUGGGAUCUGUGUUUCAUUACAGAAAGCGGUACAGUGGUGAUUAGACGGCGUAAGGAGUUGUUAUGGUUUGAAUGCCAUAAUGAAGAGAAUCCGAUCUGCAGCCGACGGUAUAGGCUUGAGGAGGUACACCCUGAGGUGCCCGGGUGUUCAUUUCAUUUUCAUGCAACCGCAUAUGAUGAAACGUUACUUUCUGUAGCUGAAUGAUUAUAGUGAAGAGGGGCUAUUCGCAUUUAACGCAUGUUGGUUUAUAUGUUGUAACUACUGUAAUUUGGAUUCUCCGCCUUUGAUGUUUAUUGACUUCAUUUUAUUCCGGUGUGUUUAUUUGUAAAUGAGGAGCAGAAACUAUGAAGUAUAUGUAUCCCGGGUGUAUGUCUUUGAUCGACACUACUAAAUGAUGAAACUUUGCUUUUGGUGAGGCGGUGCCUGAAUGAUUAUGGUGAAUCAUGGGGACUCAGGGACCUAAAAAUCAACAGGCAGAAAUGAAGUGGACUUCUAUGUUCAUUCGCUUGAGAUUGAAGUUGAUUGGUUGAUCACAUGAUCCUCCACAAUGGCCAUGAAGACUGGCCCUGCCACUGCCAGCAUCACUAGUUCAAAUGGAAACUUGAAACACCACCACCGCUGGCUUGUGUAUGGAGGCAGCAAUCACGGCAUAUACGACUACUAUCACUGAAACAGGUGAUAAAACAAUCGCUAGCUAGACCUGAGUAAUGGUGGACAGAGUGUCUCCCACAGCUCUAGAAUGUGGACUUUGAAAAUAGAAAGUAUACAAAGAAACUUUGAGAAGGAAU